AUGGACUACAAAAUUGAGGUAUUCAAAGUAAGCCAUAGGAAAAUUUUUUACUUAUUUAUAUGCCUAAAUACAAUUGCCCUUGGGUGUAUGAUAGCAACUUUAUUUAUUCCAAGCUGGUCUUCAUUUAGGUCAAAUAAUGCUGAUCUCAGCAGAGACUUUAAAGGAAAAUUAUUAGAGACAUCUGAAAUUUCUAAAGAGUCAAAUUAUGUAAAUUUUAUUGAUCUUUUUUACCUUUGUCCACAUAAAACGUGUAAGUUCUGGAAAAGUCUUUAUAUUGGAGGCAGCAGCUAUGCUAUUUUUGAGUGCUUAUCAAUUGGGUGCACAAUAAUUUGGACUGGGAUAUUGGUAUUUUUCUUACGUAAAAAAGAUUACUUGGUAGGGUCGCUUUUUUUCUGCGCUAUGGCUUGGAUGGGGCACUUUAUAGCUAUAGUAACCUGGCUCAGUGUAAUAAAAGCUACUUAUAACGGAGACUGCCAUAAUUCAAGAGAUGUCGACAUAGGAUUUACCUUGGAUUUUCCAUAAGAAAUUUUUCAUUAAUUUUAUAUUAGAUAACUCAAGGGAUAUCCAUAUAUAACAAUUUGCGCGGAAGAUGCCCCAAAGCUCUCAUUAGCUAUCCUAUUGCUCAUUACAAUUGUAAAUAUUGCGUAUUUAAUUAUUGCAAGAAAAAUAAUUAUCCAAAAACUUUCAUUCGAAGAGCAAAGAUAUGCUACAAUAGAAACCGAAACUGAAGCCAAAAUGAUAAAUAAAACGACAGAAAAUGAUAGCGAUUUUAUCAUGAGAGACGAAAUCUGCACUGAGCAGUAUAAGGCAAGUAGCUUUUUAAAUGAAACUCAAAAUUAA